CGGUCAUUUUUGUCUUGGUUUGUUUCUUUGGCUUUGCGUGUCUUCCUUUAAAUUCUAUUUUUUUACAAAAAAAGAAAGUUUAGAAAAGAGUCGGAUCAAACUUUAUUGUUAAUAUAUUAAUAAAUAAUAAACAAACAAUGAUAUAUAUGCAUGUAUUGUGAAGGAAAACUAAAUGAACUGAUUUCACUUAUUAUUUGCAACAAUGCAGCCAAGCCGGCGAAAGUGUGUCCGGAUAUCAUCGCCGGAGAAGGAAUCAAAACAUUUUAUGAAAGCCAUACUUCCCUCACCCAUUCAUUCCAAACAAAUAAGAAUUCCAGAUGAAUUUAUAACAAGAUUUGGAAAUGAACUCAAUAAUGUUGCUACAAUUACUGUUCCAGAUGGUCGUGUAUGGAAAAUGGAACUGAAGAAACGUGGCGAGAAUGUUUUCUUUUGCAACAAAUGGCAAGAGUUUGUAGAAUAUUAUUCUAUAGGAUAUGGUUGCUUCAUUUCUUUCAAAUAUGAAGGGAAUUCAAAGUUUAGUGUUAUUAUAUUUGAUGCAACUUCUGUUGAAAUUUCCUAUCCUUUCGAAACUCCAAGUACUAAUGGAGAACCAAAAACAAAUUAUCCUAGUUCUAGAAAAAGGUCCAAGGUUGAAACAUGUGAGAGGCUUCGGAAAAAGGUCAAAAACAUGUCUAAAUAUGCUUCUAAAAGAGUAGAGGAUGCCGCCAAAGAACUCAACCCAAACAACCCUUAUUUUCGUUCCAAAAUCGUUAAGGGAAAAUAUGCGUAUGUUAAUUUUGAUUUUGCUACAAAGUAUCUAAAGCCAAAUAUUCCUAUAAAGCUCCAAAAUUCUCAUGGAGAGCAGUGGGAAGUGUUUGGCAUCUUUCACGAUGCCAGAUCAUCAGCAAUACAAAUAACGAGGGGAUUUUCUAUAUUUCAAAAGGACAACAACCUGUCGUAUGGAGAUUAUUGUGUGUUUGAGCUGAUCAAGACAAAACCGGUUGUGCUAAAAGUCACAAUGUUUCGUGCUAUUGACUAUUGCGAUUAACAACACUCUUGUGCAUCCUCUCUAAUGUGAUGAUGAAUGAGGCAUGAUGUUGAAUGCCAUAUGCUGUUUUGCUUUUUCGAUCAUGAAGCAGUGUAGAUUGUAGAAGAUUAGAAACCUAUCGGCAGCUUGGGGAAUUGUAUGACUAGGAGUGUCUUCAAACUUAGAUGACAGUUUGAAAAGCACAUAGAUAAGAAAUUAUGAUGGAUUAUUGGCUAGAUGGUGUAAAAAAUAUUAUAUUGUGCAUGUUGCUAACUGUUAUUGAGAAUGUAUAUGUGAAGUUAUAAUGGAAUCCUAAUUUUAGAUGUUGC